GGUUUUAUUUUAUCAAAUUAGCAAGAUGAUUAAUACGUUUCAUAGCUAAAUAGUAAAUUGCAUCACUUGUUGACCUGUAAUAUUAAUUAUUUAAUCAAGUAUAAAUUUAAUAAGGUUAAGACUAUUGUUAGCAUAAUUAAUAACAAUUCAUAGAAAUAUUAAAAUUAUAAUUCAGGAUUUAAAGAGGUGAUAAGCGUUAAAACUGUUUUCUACAUGUAUUAAAAAUGAGCUUGUAAGUUAUAAUUAAUAUUAUUUUUUGCAUUUACUCGUAACAAAUAAUUGUAAACUUUUCAUGAAAUUUAGGGCCUCUUGCCGUCUUGGUUUCAGUUGGUGGUUCAGCGAGAUGACUGAUUUAGAAUUAACAGUGAAAUGGGGAGGGAAGGAAUAUUUGAUAGAUUGCCUUGCAGGGGAAAAUACAAUAGCUGAGUUGAAAACAGUUAUCUGCCAAAAAACUGGAGUAUUACCAGGUCGUCAGAAAUUGCUUGGAUUAAAAAUAAAAGGACGACCUGCUAAUGAUGAAGUGCAACUGUCUCAAUUGAAACUGAAACCUAAAACUAAAGUUCUGAUGGUGGGAAGUCUAGAAGAGUCAAUAGCUGAUGUAGUAGCACCUCCAUAUGACAUUCCAGAAAUUGUUAAUGAUCUGGAUAUGGAAGAAGAAGAAAUUGCUAUUGAAAACAGGGAAGAAUUUCUUGCAAAGGUUCAGAAAAGAAUUAAAGAAUAUGACAUCAAAAUAUUGAGCAAUCCUCGACCAGGAAAAAAGCUUUUGGUGCUUGACAUUGACUACACUCUUUUUGAUCACAGGUCCACAGCACAAUCUGCAUCUGAACUGAUGAGGCCUUAUUUGCAUGAAUUUCUAACAUCAGCUCAUGAAGAUUAUGAUAUUGUCAUUUGGUCUGCCACUAGUAUGAAAUGGAUAGAAGUGAAAAUGAAAGAAUUGGGUGUAGCUUCAAAUCCAAACUACAAAAUCUUAUUCUACCUGGAUAGUGCUGCAAUGAUUAGUAUCCAUACUCCUAAGUAUGGCCUCAUUGACGUAAAGCCACUGGGAGUGAUCUGGGGAAAAUUUGAGCAGUACAACAGUAAAAACACUAUCAUGUUUGAUGAUAUACGCAGAAAUUUUUUGAUGAACCCUCACAAUGGAUUAAAGAUUAAACCAUUUCGAGAGGCUCACCUCAAUCGAGAAAAAGACAACGAACUUCUGAAACUUUCCAAAUACCUGAAGCAUCUAGCAGCUGUUGAGGACAUCAGCCAAGUGAAACACAAAUACUGGGAAAGCACAUCCACGGCCUCAAAAGUGUGGAGCUCAUCUUUACGGAAUAAAUUGCGAACUUCAAAUCCUCGGAUUCGUAGUUCGGGCACGCUUAACGUUUGUCAACGCCUGGUCCAGUGUAGAGGUGAAAUCAGACUUUGUGCUUAACGUUUGUCAACGCCUGGUCCAGUGUAGAGGUGAAAUCAGACUUUGUGCUUAACGUUUGUCAACGCCUGGUCCAGUGUAGAAGUGAAAUCAGACUUUGUGCUUAACGUUUGUCAACGCCUGGUCCAGUGUAGAGGUGAAAUCAGACUUUGUGCUUAACGUUUGUCAACGCCUGGUCCAGUGUAGAGGUGAAAUCAAACUUUGUGUCGAAACCAUACAAAAAUAAAAUAAAAUGUGCAAUA